AUGACAUCUCUCAAGCGAUCUCAUGCUGCGACUGGCGAGGGUACAACAUUGUCCAGCAAGACAUAUCUCCGCACCCUCAAAUCUGGAAAGGUGCAAAAAGUCGUGCGCGAGCUCUACCUUCGCCAGGAUAUCCCGUGCUCGUCGCAUCUAUGCACGGUAUGCAUCGACUUGGCGCCUGCUGGAUUCAAUGGGCGAACUGAGCCGACUGUCCUCUCAGCCACUCCCGCUGGAGUGAAACAGUAUCCUCAAGGCCAUUACCUCGUACCCGACACGAAUGCAUUCCUCUCAGCAAUGGAUCUAUUCGAGGCAGAGGGAGUUCUUCAAGAUGUGGUCGUGCUCCAGACAGUGUUGGAAGAAGUUAAAAACCGCUCUCUACCUCUGUAUCAUCGUCUGAUAGCCUUGACGAAAAAUGAGGGGAACAGAUUCUACGUCUUCUUCAACGAUUUCAGGCUCGAGACGUAUGUCGAGCGACAGUCUGGGGAGACGAUCAAUGACCGCAACGACCGCGCAGUCAGAAAAGCAUGCUCAUGGUAUGGGGAGCAUCUGGCGCAAGCAGUAAAGGCCCGGAACAGUGCUCGCUGCCCGGCGAUUGUGAUGCUGUCAGAUGAUAAAGAGAAUCUGAGAAUAUCCCGAGCUGAAGGCUUGACUGCCUCAAAUCUUCACGAUUAUGUAUCGGGGCUCCCAGAAGCGGAUAAGCUGCUAGAUAUGGUCGCAUCAAGCCGAGAUCAACGAGCGGCACGAGAUGCACGGACACAACUUCUCUAUCCAGAGUACAUGACCAUGUCUGCGAUGAUUACAGGCGUGAAGGCGGGUGUCCUCCACCAGGGAAACUUCAGUGUAUCGCCAUACAACUAUCUCGAAGGAUCUGCUCAUGUCCCGGCAUUCGAUCGACCUUUAAUAAUCCAAGGACGGGAAAACAGCAACCGUGCUGUAUCUGGCGAUGUUGUCGUUUUGGAGGUAUUACCCAAAGAUCAGUGGAAAGCACCGUCAAGCAAAGUUAUUGAAGAAGACGACGUCACCAAGAACGACAACGCGGAGAAUGAGGACGAGUCCAGCGAGGGGAUCAUCACCGAAAAGGAGCGAAAAGCUUUGCAGGAAGAAGUCAAACGUGCGCAUGGCAAGGUCAGCGAAGGGAAGCCUCAGCCCACUGCGAGAGUGGUUGGAGUCAUCAAGCGGAAUUGGCGGCAGUACGUUGGUCACAUUGACAAGGACUCUGUCAAAUCUGGCGCAAAGCAAAGCCGUUCCCAGCAGACCGUCUUCCUCGUUCCAAUGGACAAGCGCAUACCGAAGAUUAGAGUACGUACCCGUCAGGCUGCUGAGCUGCUUGGAAAGCGUGUGCUGGUGACCAUCGAUUCUUGGGAUCGCGAGUCACGCUACCCCGUUGGCCACUUCAUCCGUAGUCUGGGUGAAUUGGAAACCAAGGGUGCCGAGACGGAAGCGCUGCUAUUGGAAUGGGAUGUGCAGUAYCGGCCCUUCCCCAAGACGGUACUGGACUGUCUGCCGGCUGAGGGCCAUGACUGGAAAGUACCCGCAGAUACUGCAGAUCCGGGCUGGAACGGUCGUAAAGACUUGAGAGACCUUCUCGUAUGCUCCAUCGAUCCUCCAGGAUGUGUCGAUAUCGAUGAUGCUCUACACGCCAUCAAGCUUCCCAAUGGCAACUUUCAGGUCGGUGUCCACAUUGCAGACGUAUCGCACUUUGUCAAGCCAAACAAUGCAAUGGACAAGGAAGCUUCACUGCGCGGUACCACAGUCUACUUGGUCGACAAGCGGAUUGACAUGCUUCCCAUGCUCCUGGGUACGGACUUGUGCUCGCUGAAGCCGUAUGUUGAACGAUACGCCUUUAGUGUUCUGUGGGAGCUGGACCAAAAUGCAGACAUUGUCAAUGCCACCUUCACAAAGAGUGUCAUCCGAAGUCGGGAGGCAUUCAGCUACGAACGAGCACAACUUCGAAUUGACGAUGCUUCCCAGCAGGACGAACUCACCCAAGGCAUGCGAUACCUCAUGAUGCUCUCCAAGAAGCUGCGAGCGAAACGAAUGGCGGCUGGAGCGUUGAACCUCGCAAGCCCAGAAGUACGCAUCGAGACUGAAAGUGAGACUUCCGACCCCGUCGAUGUCAAAACCAAGCAGCUCCUCGACACCAAUCAAUUGGUUGAAGAAUUCAUGCUUCUCGCCAACAUCUCCGUUGCCGGAAAGAACUACGAAGCCUUCCCGCAGACCGCACUACUUCGUCGCCAUGCUGCACCGCUCAAGACCAACUUUGAAGAACUCACCAACCAGCUCAAGGUCAAAAAAGGUCUCGAACUCCGCACAGACACUUCAAAGGCCCUCGCCGACAGCCUCGACACCUGCACCGAUCCCACCAACCCUUUCUUCAACACCCUCGUCCGUAUCCUCGCGACUCGCUGCAUGAUGAGCGCCGAAUAUUUCUGCUCUGGUACACAAGCCUACCCCGAAUUCCGCCAUUACGGCCUCGCAUCGGAGAUUUACACCCACUUCACCUCACCCAUUCGAAGAUAUGCGGAUCUCGAGGCCCACCGGCAAUUAGCGGCCGCCAUCGACUACGAACCGUUGGAUCCCUCGCUACAAUCCAAAAGCAAAUUGGAGGGUGUGUGCAAGAACAUCAACGUCCGCCAUCGGAAUGCGCAAAUGGCGGGUCGCGCCAGUGUAGAGUACUACGUCGGACAGGCGUUAAAGGGGCGCAUCAUCGAGGAAGAAGGCUUCAUCAUGCGCAUUUUCAGCAACGGUUUUGUGGUGUUUGUCCCACGAUUCGGAAUUGAAGGACUCAUCCGCUUGAGAGAUUUGGGUGCAGGCGGAAAGGAACCCGAAGGCGUCUUUGAUGGGGAGGAUUACUCAUUGGAGAUUAAGCGGGAGGAUGGUUCAAGAAAAGUCGAGCUGUUCCAAAAAGUUCAAGUGCGAAUCAGUGACGAGGCGGAGGAGAGCACUGGAAAGCGGAAGAUUAAGCUCCAGUUGGUUUGA